UUUUGCCCAAAAAAGAGCUUUGAAAUUAUUUAAAAAACUCUCGUGACCCUCCACACCAUCUUCUUUCUCCCUCCUUCACUCCACCACCAUUACAUCUCUCUUUCUAUUUUUCUCUCUCUGGUGGUGGCGAUCUUUCAUUCUAAGGAAAGCAUAAUCCCAAAGCUUCUUUUUUUCAUCAUUUUUUACUUUGGUAUUCUCAUAUAUCCUUCACUUACUUACCCUUUUCUAAUUUAUGAGCUUCUCUAAGUGUGAACAGCAUUUCUGCUUAGGAGGUAACUGAGGAAGCUAUUGAAGAUUAAGGGUCAGCAAAAUAUUGCUUAAUUGAGAAGUUGGAUGGUCUUUCUAAUAGUUGUAUAGAGUUGAGACUAUAAUUUUGGAACAUGACUUCUGAUAUGCCACCAGUUAGCAUGAGGUCAAGCAGGUCUUCUUUUGGCUCAAGUAACGGAUAUGAAACACCUUCACACUAUUCUUUUGCAACCUCAAAUGGGGAUGAUUAUGAUAGUGAUGGUUCCAAUUUUGCUCCACCCACCCCAACUACUCUCUCAUCAGUUCUGUCACCCGAACUUGCUGGCGCGAUACCAUAUAUUGACAGAUUCCAGGUUGAGGGUUUUUUGAAGGCUAUGCAAAAGCAGCUUCAAUCUGCUGGAAAACGUGGGUUCUUUUUAAAAAAAUCCGUUGGGCCACAAGUUCGGGAAAAGUUCACAUUUGAGGAUAUGUUGUGUUUCCAAAGGGAACCCAUUCCAACAUCAAUUCUGAAAAUAAAUGGCGAUCUCGUUGGCAGGACAGUUAAGUUAUUUCAGUCCAUUCUGAAGUAUAUGGGUAUUGAUUCCUAUGAUAGAGCAGCUCCAAUCAGCUUGGAUGAGCGAAUCGAGCUUGUUGGCAAGCUAUUUAAGCAGGCGUUGAAGCGGUCUGAGCUUCGUGAUGAAAUGUUUGCCCAAAUUUCAAAGCAAACAAGGAAUAAUCCGGAGAGGCAUUCUUUGAUUAAAGCAUGGGAGCUAAUGUACUUGUGUGCAUCUUGCAUGCCUCCGAGCAAGGAAAUUGGUGGAUACUUGUCAGAAUAUAUUCAUACUGUUGCACAUGGAAUUAAUACUGAUUCUGAGGUUCAAGUUUAUGCAAUAAAUACUCUAAAUGCGUUGAAACGUUCUAUUAAGGCUGGACCUAGGCACACGAUACCUGGUCGUGAGGAGAUUGAAGCUCUCUUAACUGGUAAAAAGCUUACUACAAUAGUGUUUUUCUUGGAUGAAACGUUCGAAGAAAUUACAUAUGACAUGGCCACAACGGUAGCUGAUGCUAUUGAGGGAGAGGAAAUUUGUGUUGCUCUACAGACACAUAUUAAUGAUGUGAUGUUACGCCGCUACUCAAAAGCCCGUUCUGCAGCUAAUGAUGUUCCAAAUAAUCUCAAAACUGCAAACACUGACAUUAAUGAAAGACGCAUUCAGGAUUUGUCUCGCGCCCUUGAAGAAUCUCAGAAGAAAGUCAAUGAUUUACUGGAAGAUUUACAUGAAAGGCAAAGAGAAGAAUCGAAGAUGCAAGAAGAAUUGGAUAGCUUAAAAGAUAACUUGAGAUCAGAGAAGCAAAAUUUAGCAGCUGCUGCUUAUGAUUGUGAAAAAUUUAGAUCUCUAUGCAAUGAAAAAGAUGCAGAGCUUCAGGCUGCACUAACGGAGAAGCAGAACUUGGAAAUGCGACUUUCAAAAUUAAGUUCUAAAGGUUUGGAGAAAAAUAUUACAAAGGAGUUGGUUGAAGCGAAUAACCAGGUCUUACAGAAGAUCCAGGAAGAGUUGAGAGCUCGUACUAUGGAGUUGCGCGCUGCAGAAGAAACAAAGAGGAAGCUUUUGAGUGAAAGAACAUCACUUGAGGAAAAAAUCAUAGGGCUAGAAAAGAAGAAAUCAAGUGAGAUGGAAAACCUUCAGAAAGAUUUUGAAAAAGAAUGCAAGGCGCUGAGGCUCCAAGUCUCUGAACUUCAAAGGAAACUGGAAGAGGCCAAACAUGAUUUGGUUGUCGCACGGUCAGGGCUUGAAGCUAAAGACAGGGAACUAGAAAUGCUACAGAAUAAUUUAAAGGAGCUCGAGGAGCUAAGAGAAAUGAAAGAGGACAUUGAUCGAAAAAAUGAACAAACUGCCACCAUCUUGAAAAUGCAAGGGGCUCAAUUAGCUGAAAUGGAAGCGCUUUACCGAGAGGAACAAGUUCUAAGGAAAAAGUACUUCAACACAAUAGAAGAUAUGAAAGGCAAGAUCAGAGUCUACUGCAGAUUAAGACCUCUUUGUGAAAAGGAAAUUAUAGCGAAGGAAAGAAAUGUAAUGAGAAGUGUUGAUGAGUUUACUAUUGAACAUAUAUGGAAAGAUGAUAAAGCAAAACAACACAUGUACGAUCGUGUCUUUGACGGAAAUGCCACUCAAGAUGAUGUGUUCGAAGACACUAAGUAUUUGGUGCAGUCAGCUGCUGAUGGAUAUAAUGUUUGCAUAUUUGCAUAUGGACAAACUGGAUCUGGCAAGACAUUCACAAUCUAUGGAGCGGAUAGUAAUCCAGGACUGACACCAAGAGCUAUAUCUGAACUCUUUAGAAUUAUGAAGCGAGAUAGUAAUAAGUUUUCUUUCUCUUUAAAGGCAUACAUGGUAGAGUUGUAUCAGGAUACAUUGGUGGACCUCUUAUUGCCAAAGAAUGCAAAGCGCUUGAGAUUGGAUAUAAAAAAAGAUUCAAAGGGCAUGGUUUCUGUGGAAAAUGUGACAGUGGUGUCUAUUUCAACGUAUGAGGAACUUAAGACAAUAAUCCAAAGAGGAUCUGAACAACGUCAUACGACUGGAACCUUGAUGAAUGAGCAGAGUUCAAGAUCUCAUCUUAUAGUUUCAGUUAUUAUUGAGAGUACCAAUCUUCAAACGCAGGCAAUUGCCAGAGGGAAGCUAAGUUUUGUGGAUCUUGCUGGCUCAGAAAGAGUUAAGAAAUCUGGCUCAGCUGGCAAUCAAUUAAAAGAAGCUCAAAGCAUUAACAAGUCACUGUCAGCACUUGGUGAUGUGAUAAGUGCAUUAUCUUCAGGAAAUCAACACAUUCCUUAUCGGAAUCACAAGCUAACCAUGUUGAUGAGCGACUCGUUAGGUGGAAAUGCUAAAACUCUUAUGUUUGUAAACAUCUCUCCAGCAGAAUCAAACUUGGAUGAGACUCACAACUCCUUGACGUAUGCAUCAAGAGUCCGUUCCAUUGUAAAUGAUCCCAGCAAAAAUGUUUCAUCUAAGGAAGUCGCUCGGUUAAAGAAGCUAGUAGCAUAUUGGAAGGAACAAGCUGGUAGAAAAGGGGAUGAUGAGGAUUUAGAGGAAAUCCAAGAUGAACGGCCAACUAAAGACAAGACUGAUGGUCGUCAUUCGAUGUAAAACAUCUAGAAUUGAAUGCGUAGAACGAGUGAAUCAAGUUGAGCAUCUUGUUUAGUUGCCUCCAAAAUAUGAGGAGGAAUGGUGAACAUUUGAACUGCUUGUUCAGCUGGUUUGUACUGCAGCUAAAUGGUUGAGAUUUUCCUUCCCAGAAUUUUGUUGUCAUAUAGGGAGGCUUAAAGUAUUUAGCUUAGGGAGUCCUAAUCCUCAUGUUGUAUAGAGCUAUAUGUGUAUAUUGUACUUUACAAUCAAUCAAUGUUUACUUCAUUCUUUCUCCCCCAAAAA